AUGACUAUGUUCACAGUUGUCGGAUACGAAACAAACAAGCAACAAAUGAAACUCAUUCAGAUAUGAUUUCAGAAACCAAAACCGAUGAAAUUGAACCAUGAAUGAGUAAAGUGUUGUAGAAUUACAAGAAUUACAAUCAAUGGCCACUGCAACAACAGUAGUAAAGUAUGGAAUAAUAGGAGUUGGAAUGAUGGGAAGAGAACAUCUCAUUAAUCUGUAUCAUCUUCGCAACCAAGGUGUUGCUGUUGUUGCCAUUGCUGACCCUCAUCUUCCCUCUCAACAACUCGCCCUCAACUUAGCACACUCCUUUUCUUGGCCUCUCAAGGUUUUCUCAGGUCACAAGGAGUUAUUGGACAGUGGAUUGUGUGAUGUUUUGGUGGUAUCUACUCCUAAUAUGACACAUUAUAGCAUUCUUAUGGAUAUUAUCAAUCAUUCAAAACCACAUCAUGUAUUGGUAGAAAAGCCUCUCUGCACCACUGUUUCUCAUUGCAAAGAGGUUGUUCAUGCUGCUCAAAAGAGACCAGAUAUAUUGGUUCAGGUGGGACUUGAGUACAGAUACAUGCCGCCUGUUGCAAAACUGAUAGAAAUAGUGAAUGGAGGAAGCCUUGGACAUGUUAGAAUGGUAUCAAUUCGGGAGCACCGGUUUCCUUUCUUGGUUAAGGUGAACGACUGGAAUCGGUUCAAUGUUAACUCUGGGGGAACUCUAGUAGAGAAGUGUUGCCACUUUUUUGAUCUCAUGAGGCUCUUUGUUGGCGCGAAUCCUGUUCGUGUGAUGGCUUCUGGAGCUAUUGAUGUUAAUCACAAGGAUGAAAUAUAUGAUGGAACGGUUCCAGAUAUUAUUGACAAUGCAUAUGUUAUAGUUGAAUUUGACAACGGUUCUCGAGGAAUGCUUGACCUUUGUAUGUUUGCCGAAGGGAGUAAAAAUGAGCAAGAAAUAUCUGUUGUUGGUGAUAUUGGAAAGGGAGAAGCUUUCGUUCCUGAGAGUGUUGUGCGGUUUGGAACGCGUAAAGCAGGACGAGAUGGUGUCCAGAGUUUGAAAGCAGAAGAUUCCCGGAUAAAAUAUGAUGGGUUACACCAUGGGUCUAGCUAUCUGGAACACCUAAAUUUCUUGGGUGCUAUUAGAGGUGAAGGUGAAAAGGGUCCUGCUGUAGAUCUUGAAGAUGGAUUAAUAUCAGUUGCUAUUGGAGUUGCAGCACAACUUUCGAUAGAAAAUGGUCGAUUUGUUACUAUUCAGGAAGUUAUGGAUGGCCUUGAAGCAUGAAAGUCUUGUUUAAUAUAAGCCAUAUAGGUUAGGGAUCAUGCCACUCUUGUUCUCACUACAUGAUAAAAAUAUUAGUUGUUAUGGACGGAGUUGAAUCCAUGAACUCCUUAUCAGUUAUCACUUAAUUUUCAUGUUCCUCCUCCAAACUACUUAAGCACUCCUUUCUUAGACAGUUAUUUUGCAUUUUAA